AUGCGAUCCUUCCUCGUCCUCUGCCUCGUGGCCAUCGCCUCCGCCGACAAGCUGGGCUACAACUACCAGCCGGUGGCCCACUCCGCCUCGGGAUUGAGCUUCCAGCCCUCGGGAGCGGCCAGCAGUGAUGCACCUGCCUUCUCGGCACCAAGUGGAUCCUUCGCCGCCGGUCCCUCGUCCUUUGCCGCCGGUCCCUCGUCCUUUGCCGCUGGUCCCUCAUCCUUUGCCGCUGGACCCUCAUCCAUUGCCGACUCCCUGGAGGGAUCCCAGUCGGUGGCUGCCCCCAACUACGCUGCUCCCCAGGCCCAGCUGGAGAAGGAGUUCUUCACCUACACCGCCGACGAGGGCGACUUCUACGAUCCCGCUGCCUCCGACCAGGUGUCCAACGCCGUCAACAAGGCCCUCCGAGUGGUCUUCAUCAAGGGACCCGAGAACCGUGGUCUGGAGGACGCCGCCCUGGCUCUGGCCAAGCAGGCUGCCCAGCAGGAGACCGCCAUCUACGUCCUGAACAAGCAGGCCGACAUCGGUGACCUGGCCAACAAGCUGAACUCCAUCCGCAACAACAACAACAACAAGCCCGAGGUGCACUUCGUCAAGUACAGGACCCCCGAGGAUGCGGCCAACGCCCAGCGCGCCAUCCAGGGUCAGUACGACCAGCUGGGCGGAUCCUCCCAGUCGCAGGACGGCGGCGUGGCCUCCACCCUGAACUUCGCCUCCCAGCCAGCUCCCAAGGAGAGCGUGGCUGCCAGCGCUCCUGGACCCAGCUAUCUGCCCGCCAACAUCUUCCGCCGUUUCCGUCUCUAA